AUGCCGGCCAACUUUAUUGCCGGUUUCUCCGAGCUCAACAUCGCGACGAUCGAGGUGCUGCUGAGGGAGGCAGAGUCGAGUUUUUUCAACUGUCUGAACAAGCCGAGCUCCAACUUUGUGCGACACCAGAAGCACUCGAAUCCAAAAGCGUAUUAUGAUACUCGGUACAACAAUAAUCACAUCCCUGCUGGUGACAAUCAGCCCAACAAGACGUGUCGGGUUGGGCCAUUCAGCUGCGUCUCGAUAUCCUGUCCGCGCCAGCUGAUGUGA